UACUUUGCUUCGAGGUUGGCUUUACAGUAUUUUUAAACUUUUCCUCCUUCGGUUGUGUACCAUUGUGCCACCGGUCCUGUCAUUUAAAUCCCGUAGCACGCAUUACGCGGUUUUUUCUAGGGAUAACGAUGUACGUGCUUAGUUGCGGUCAUUAGGCGUAUUAUGCGCUCCCGACCGGUAGUUUGGUGCACACCACUAUGAAGAGCGAGUUUGUGGAGGGCUGGGACUUGGCGCAAGUGCUGGGUGAAGGAGCGUAUGGGGAAGUGAAACUUCUGGUGAACAGGGCAACCCAAGAAGCAGUCGCCGUCAAGGUGUUGUACAAUACUGACCACGCUGAGGCAGCUGAGAACUUUAAGAAGGAGAUAUGUGUUCACCGAAUGCUUAACCACGAGAACAUUAUUAAAUAUUAUGGUAACAGGAAGGAUGGGACUCAUCAGUAUAUUUUUCUUGAGUAUGCGUCUGGUGGUGAGCUGUUUGACAGGAUAGAGCCCGAUUGUGGUGUGGACCAAGCAGUUGCGCAAAAGUAUUUCAAACAGAUAAUGGCUGGAGUGGAGUACCUGCAUGCUAAGGGUGUUGCACAUCGGGACCUGAAGCCUGAGAACAUCCUGUUGGAUGCAAAUGACACCAUCAAGAUCUCGGACUUCGGGAUGGCCACAGUGUUCAGGUUUCGGGGACAAGAGAGGCUACUUGUGAAGAGAUGCGGCACAAUGCCGUACAUUGCCCCUGAAGUACUUGUCAAGCAGUAUCGAGCAGAACCUGCUGAUAUCUGGAGUUGCGGGGUCAUACUAGUCGCACUACUAGGUGGCGAGCUGCCUUGGGAUAAGCCAUCUGCAUGUUGCCAGGAGUACAAAGACUGGAAGGAAUGCAAGAUUACUGUGCCACCAUGGUCAAAGCUGGACAAUGCAGUUCUCUCGCUUAUUCGGAAGAUACUCAUGCCAAACCCUGCCAAGAGGUACACUAUAGAGCAAAUCAAAAACCACCAGUGGAUGAAGAAAGUUCUCAAGUCAAAGAAUGCCAACACAAAGUGGCUGGGCAGCAGUGCAGACUCGCACACACGCAAAAUUAGCUGCUUCGACAUCGGCCAGGCAGCUGAUGCAAGCAGGGACGACACCAUCACGAGGCUCUCAAGUUCACAGCCAGAUCCAUUACGCAGAGUCGUUGAGCCAACUCUUGAACUUGCUUCUGACGCAGAUGUGCUUGCACAGCGUGUUAGCUUCUCACAGCCAGCACACCUCGAUGACUUGCUUCUGAGCACACAGACGCAGGGUACACAGAGUUCUUCACAGACACCCCUCCAGAGGUUAGUGAAGCGUAUGACAAGGUUCUUCGUUACCACUGACGCCCAGCAGACUGUUGAGGAGCUGAAGUCGCUCUUUGAGCGCCUUGGUUAUUCUUGGAAGACCAAUUCCCCAGGACAGAUCACUGUCACCACACAAGACAAACGCAAAGCACAGCUGGUGUUCAAAGCAAGCCUGAUUGAGAUGAGUGCGAAGAUCCUUGUGGACUUCAGGCUGUCUCGUGGUGACGGCUUGGAGUUCAAGAAGCACUUCGUGAUCAUUAGGGGCCACCUGUCUGAACACAUCGCCAAAGGGCCCGUCAGCUGGCCCAUCGCUGUGGCCACUAACAGCAUUCCUUGACAUGCGUCGUCGUAGUCUAGUGCUGCCUUCGUGAGACUGACUGGCAGAAUCUCAUGUGCCAAUUGUGCCUGCCUAGCAAUUCCUAUAUUCUUACCUGAUUGUGUGUAUAUUUGUAGUGUAAAUAGUGCUAUGCUAAUUAGUCGUAUUUUAAUGAAUGGCCCUGACCAACCGUCAGAAGUUUGGCAUGCUACAGACAAUUAAAGUGCCUUUUUAUGAUUUUACCCCAAGCACUCUACUAUGAGUUUACCUAGAACAAACCAAUGUGCAGAAUUUUUUAGAUCUUGUAUUGUCAUGGUUACAGAAGUUUAGGGCUUACAGUAGUCAUGUUGAUAGUUGUACAAGUUGGGAAAACUCAUUCGGCCAGUAGACCAAGCCCUAAGAGUCAAUUGCAGACUGAUUUAAACUGUUUGCGUAAACUGUGUUAUUUAUUACAAUGUUUUAAAUUAAAGCUGUGAAUUGCUGCAGUUCGUUGCAGAUCAGCCAAA